AUGAGCAACAACAGCCUGACUCCCUCCUAUUUUCAGUUCACUGUGUUUGCAGACUAUGGGCCCCUCAGAUAUCUUUUCUUCAGUCUCUCUCUGUUGAUCUACGUGACUAUAAUCUCUGCUAAUCUUGUCAUUGUUCUGUCAGUCUGCCUGGAGACCUCUCUGCAUCAGCCCAUGUAUGUUUUCAUCUGCUCUCUGUGUUUAAACUCUCUGUACGGCUCAACCGGCUUCUUCCCCAGGUUCCUGAUGGACCUUCUGUCUGACACUCAUUUCAUCUCACGUCCACUCUGUUUCACUCAGAUGUAUGUUAUUCACACUUACAAAGCACAUGAAGUGAAUAUUCUCACUGUCAUGGCCUAUGACAGGUUUGUUGCUAUUUGCCAGCCUUUACACUAUCACAGUAAAAUGACAUUUAGGACGGUGCUGCUGCUUUUGAUUCUGGCUGCGCUGUACCCUGUUUGUGUUAUAAGCUUCCUUUUUUAUCUUGCCACCAGUUUGCCUUUAUGUGGAGAUAAGCUGCAGAGGAUUUUUUGCACCACUUGGUCUAUAGUUGAGCUCUCCUGUGUGGACGCAGUUGUAAUGAGCAUAGCAGGCCAGUUUCUUGCUGUGAUAAUGAUCUUCAUCCCCCUGUCCUUUGUCCUGUACACCUACCUGCGCAUUCUGCUUGUCUGCAGGAGAAGUUCAUCUGAAUUCAGAGGAAAGGCCUUACAGACCUGCCUGCCCCACAUAGUGACCUUUGUGAACUUUUGCAUUUCAAUAUUCUGUGAGGGUUCACUGAGUCAAUGCAAGACUGAUGAGGCAAAGCCAUUUGUCAUUGUUGUUUUAUCUCUGGAGUUUAUCAUCAUUUCUCCCAUCAGUAACCCUCUGGUCUAUGGCCUGAACCUUCCUCAGAUCAGACCCUGUAUAGUGAAAGUGUUCUAUAAUUCAUCACUUCACUGGUUCUGCCAGAGCAGCAGUGAACCAGCUGAGGAGCCAGCUAAAAUAAACACAGCCUUCUACUCACACAACUCUAGUGAACGCUCAUAA